CCCCCGGUUUUGUUGUUUAAUUUUCGAUUUGACCUAAUUUCCAGCCAACUAUGGAGAAAUUUGGGAAGCUUGUGCACUAUGUGCAGCACAAGAUCUCCGGCACCUACACACAGAUCAGCACUUUGGACCCGAACGAGACGGUCGUUAAUCAACUCCAACGAUCCCGCUCCACCCACGGAAAGAUCGCGAAGCCGAUGGUCGGUCGUGCUGGCCACGUCGACACCGUGAACAACCUGACCGUAAUCCGCGCCGGGAUGAUAUUGUCAGGCGGGAAGGAUGGACGGGCGGUCCUGACAAACACCGACAGUGGCGAGAUCCAUAAUAUGUGGUCCAACUCGUGCGAGAUCAAUAAGAUCUGCUACCGUAACUUUAUCGCCAAGCACUCACUGAUUGCUGCGGGCAGGAAUGGGACUCUGACCCAUUGGAUGUUCAACCACGAGCCUGGGGAUCUUCCGAACGUGGUUUUCGAUGGACACAAGUUCGGGGUGACCGGCGUUGUUAGUAUUAAUGAAAACCAAUUUAUGAGCGGAUCCCGUGACUGUUCUGUGAAGAUCUGGGAUCUAGAAUCCGCGAAAUGUGUACGCACCCAGACCAUCAAUCGUAACCUCGUCACCCAUAUGGCCUACAACGGAAACUUGGUGGCUCAGACGUCGGAGGACAAGAGCGUCAGGUUGUGGGAUCCGCGUAACGCGUCAGUGGUGACCGAAUUCCCGCGAAAACGGCACAUUCAGAUGUUCUGCGAGUUUGACGGUGCGAAUCGAUUCUUCUCCUGCUCAAACGGGUUCAACAAUGACGGGUGUGAGAUUACGUCCUACGACGUCCGCAACCCCCGCCAGUCCAGAGAAGCCCGCGGUCACGAGGGCAACGUCACCUCGCUCUCCAUAGUGCAAAUGGACCAGACCAAGCGGCUCCUAGCUUCAGUCUCGGCUGACAGGCAGAUCAGGCUAUGGAAGAUUGAAGAGGACGGGCAGGCUGUGCUAAAACCAAUCUGGAACGAGGACGUGCCACUGGAAGCGGAUAAUCUUCAAGUCUGCAGCUAUCCGGAUGGACACAUAAUUGUGUCGGGUGGCAAAGGCCGUCUCAUCCACUAUCAGGCGAAGCUCACGGCGCAGCGUGUCAUCCUAGACGUCCAGCUCAUCCAGCAGCACAGUAUGGCCAUGUCGGGAAGCUCCCACGCACUUCACUAAUUUUUUUUGAUCAUCUGACAUUUCUGUACACUUUGUAGAUUUCUUUCCAUCUCGCUCUGUGAUCUCUUUUUCCGCGCCCUCACCCCCGUUCCUGUCUCCCCGUGUAAUUUUGUACGAGCUGAGCCAAUUUGGGCUCCGAUUUUUCUUAUCAUCUUCUCCUAUAUGAAUAUUUGGAAUAUUUUGGUACAUAUAUUAAUGAAUGAAAAUUCUGGAA